AUGAAUGGGGCUAGAGACCUUGUUCUUGAGAUGAGUUCUCAGAGAUCAAUGUUGCCAGGAAAAGAAAAAAUGCAAAGGUCCCUUGGUGAGGAAGUUAACAGUGAUGGAGCAAUUGGCACCAAGGGAGGCAGUGAGGCUGUCGCUGGCGUGAUGUUGACCGCAGGAGAAGGCAGGGCUUGUGCUCUCCAUAACAUAGUUGAUAGAUCUGAUGAUUUGAUUUCCUUUUGGGAGGGCGACCACGAGGCACCUUGGGCGUUGUCUGACGAAAUGAUGGACGCCAUGGAGAGGAAUGCGAUAGGGGCGUUGGGUAGAGGCGAGCCGGUGCUGAUGAGGGGCACUGAGAGGGAGGUCAAAGAAGCUCGGGGAGAUGAGGAUGUCAUUGUAGGCGCCGAUGGUGGUCGAGAUGACGUGCUAGCGCUGCUAGGCGCACGCGCGCCAGGUCCUGGGUGCGCUCAAGCGGCGUUGUGUGCAGCUAGGUUGUCAUCGUUGGGUGAGUUAGGUGUGGACACUGGGCAUGGAUCUUCUCAAGCAGAGAGUUCGCCGGGUAUUUUUGGUGGUGAUGGCUUCAGCAAAACAGCAAACAAUGUGGUUUGUUUAGGUGGAACUACAUAG